AUGGACGUAUCGGCAAGUACGGUUGCUUCCUUACUUCAUAAAUUGUGCGAAGGAUUGGCAUUUGAUCCUGAUGGAGCUUAUGAACUAGCCCUCUCAUAUUUAUCAUCCACAAGUGAAAAAUCUCGUCCGGUACAAGAUGAAAGAUUUCUGUGUCAAAAGAUUCAUUCACGUUUAGCCCGUGUGUCUGCAAAAGAUGCAGAUAAAUUCAAUGAGUCUUAUGCCAAAUUAAAGAAUUCUUUUGUAUUAAAGCAAAGAGAGUCCGUGCUCUCAUUAUUAUUGGCCCUGUCAGAGACACCACACAAUUCGGAAUCAACACAGCAAUUGUUUCCUUUACCUAAUUUGGUCUGUACUAAUACUGCAAUCGGCUCAACAGCUACUACGUCAACGUCAAGCAAAAGUACCAUUGGUUCAGCUAGUUGGGGUAGCAAUGCUCUCAAACCACAAAGUUCUAAUCAAAGUCUGCCAUCCAAUAAUAGCAACAUGGUUGUAGCUGUGCAAUCUAAUGAUCGUAUGCAAGAGCGAACGUGCGUACGGGACGCAGUAUUGGCGGCCACAGGUGUGAAAGCUUCAAACUCGACUAACUGGUCUCGUCCGGCUCAAACGUUGUACACAAGAAUAGCUCAUUUGGGCUUUUUGCAUGACCGCCUUAAGGAGUUUAUUGACCCAGCAUCAGGACUUAUGCCACAAGGUUUGAUGGGCGAGGGAUUAGUGGCGUCAAUAAGAGACGAGCUUACAGAAUAUUAUCGGAGUGUUGCUCUUCUACAGUCUCAGGUAUGUGAAGGCGAUGGCGGUGGUGGCACUUUACGCCGUGUCAUUGUGUGGGCUUAUGAACCUCUGCAUCGUCUGACCUGGCUAGCCAAUAUCGCACACGCAGCUCAUCAUAAAAAAGGCGGGGAGCUGGCAUCGUGCGUGCACCGGUUCGUGCGGCACGGCGACGAGCGCGUGUGCGCGCUGGCGCGCCGCCUGCUCACCGCGCUCACCUACCCGCUGCUGCUCAUGCUCACGCGCUGGCUGCUGCACGGGGAGAUCGAUGAUCCUUUUAACGAGUUCUUCAUCGAAAGCAGAUGUGGCGUGCCGAUAGACAGAAUGUGGCAUGACAAGUAUAGAGUUAGGGAGUGGAUGGUGCCGUCGUUCAUGUCCCGCGAGCAGGCGGCUCAGAUCCUAGCGACGGGCAAGAGCGUUGUGUUCAUGCGUGAGGCCUGCGCCGAUGAGCCCGCGCCCGACGACCACCACCACCACCUACGUCAGCUGCUUGACGACCACCGAGCCGGUGGGUCAGAGGCAGCAUGGUGGGAGGCGAGUGGGUUGCGUGCAGGUGUGGCGGCGGCUCAUGCGACGGCAUCGCAGCGCCUGCUGGCCGCGCUCACGUCGCACCACCACCUGCUGGACCACCUGGCCGCACACCGCCGCUACCUGCUGCUGGCGCAGGGUGACUUCGUGCACCACCUCAUGACGCUGCUACAAGAAGAGUUGAACAAGCCGGCGACGUCGCUGUACGUUCACAACCUAACGUGCACGCUAGAAGCCGCAGUGCGCGCAACCAACGCGCAGUUCGAACCGCCUCACGUGCUCGCACGCUUGCACGUCAACCUGUACCCUAAUUGCGACGGACGCGAGGACAGCGGCUGGGACGUGUUCGCCCUGCAGUACCGCGUGGACGGGCCGCUGGGCACGCUGUUCCCGGCCACGUGCGCGGCGCGGUACCGCGCGCUUUUCACGCAGCUGUGGCGCGUCAAGCGCAUCGAGCACGCGCUGCACCACGCCUGGCGCGACCACGCCAUCCUGCAGAAACGGCUGCGGCACGUGCCCGAGGUGUGCGGCCUGAUGCGGCGCGUGUCGUGCCUGCGCGCGGAGGCGCUGCGGCUGUGCGGCGCGCUGCAGGAGGCGAGCUGCGAGGGCGCGGAGGCGGCGUGGGCCGAGCUGCUGGCCGCCGCCGCCGCGCGCGCGCCGCUGGACCGCCUGCUGCGCCUGCACCUGCGCGCGCUCGAGCGCCACUCCGUGCACGCCAUGAUCCACCACUCCACGCAGGAACUGCAGUCGUACUUGGGUAACGUGUUAAACGAAACACUAGCGUUACGCAGCUUUGAAACGACCCUGCACGCCGGUAUUGACGCCGAGCUGGAACGUCGCGAGCGACUGGAGCAGUUGAAGGCCGAGCGGGUCGCAAGAGGUGAGUACGCAUUUACCGCUGCUGAUGAAGCUCGAGAUAAAGAAAAGAGAAAAAUCUUCCAACAGUUCUUAGGCAACAGAAAAGCGGACCUUAACGUUUGGGCGCGCACUUACCGAGGCCAUGUGACAACGCUAAUCCUCAAGCUGGCCUUGCACCCGGAGGUCUCGCUGCAGACGCUCGCUUUCCGACUGGACUACAGCGACUUCUACAAGCGAGGCGACGCAAAGCUCCACGAACCUUUGACAUACCAACACAAGCGACUCAGUGAGAUUGGACUUAAUUUGGCGAAGAGCAAGUUAAUAGAUCACAGUAAGCAAAAGUGACACAUAUCGACGGAACCGCCCACCACCAGCGUCUGCGUACCGUGGAUCGGUUUCGGCUGCAUUCCUUAUAACUUAUAAUAUCUAUGUAUUGUCGUUUCUAUGAAAUUACACUAACUGAUAAAGAG